AUGCAAAAAUCUGCCUCAUCAUCAGAACUCGAAAAAUCAAACAAAAUAUUAAACAGUGAAGUCAUCACCAUUGGCAACGAGAGAUUCAGAUGCCCAAAAGCACUUUUUCAGCCAUCAUUCCUUGUUACGGAACCAUCAAGUAUCCACGAGACAACUUACAACUCAAUCGUGAAGUGCGAUGUCGACAUCAUAAAGAACUUGUACAGAAACAUCGUUUUACAAGAGAAGGAGAAAGUUGCAAAUGAAAAACCAAUAAACAUAAUCAAGGCUGUUCAUGCUUGGCUCAAUAUAAUUAUAUUCAUAUUGCAAUAUAUAAUGUAUCCAAAACUGCCAUUUUUCUCGACUUAA